AUGAUCAUUCAUGGUCUUCCCAAGUCAUAUCUUGUUAAACAGAGACAAGGGCAACUUAAUGACAUCAGUAAUGUUGUCCCAACCCCGGGUAAAGCUGAUGGUGCCCAGAUAUCAUUCACUGAUAUACUGAAAGCUCAUGUUGAAGAAUUUGUCAAACUACACGAUGAAGUGGAUUGGAGUAAAGAGAAAACAACAAGUUAUUGA